GCGCCGGGAAGUCUCCUCUGCUUCUCUGCUGUUGAUCUCUUUCCAUGUGAGAGAUAUAGAGGUCGCUGCCGAUCCCCUCGAACGGCCAUGGCGUCGUCGAAAAGGUUGCCUCGUCUUCUCGACGAGGAUAGAUCUGCGAAUUUAACGGAUAAGAGGAACUCGAGGGUGGGGAUCAGCGUGCUAGAUUCACGCAAACUCCAAGCACUACAAGAAAGCGCGAUGGUGGUCCCCACCAGCAGCUCUCUACCAGAAAAGCAGGUGGAAUUUCCUCGGGGAAAGACGUCCUGGGUCUCCUCCCACAGCUGCGGCUAUGGCGGCGGCCAUGGUUUCCGCUUCCGCCGCUUGUUUGCCGCAGCAGCCUCGUCUUCUUCCAGGACCGCUCGUCAGAUCCUCAACGACGAUUCAAAAUAUGCAGAGAGCUUUCAGCUCGGAACGAUUGCUGGGGACUUAGAACUUUCCAUGGUGCUGGAAUCUCUCUCUCUCGAGACAGAUGGGAGAUACCAUGCAGGGGGAGGUGGGGGUGACGUAGUGAUCGGUUUCCAGCCGACGGAUCAUCUUCGUCAUCGGGUGCACGAAGGUCUUGGCGAUGGCGAUGGCGAUGGCCUACUCGGUAGUGUGGGUCGAGGAUUGGCAAGGAGGAUGAGGAGGAGAUGGACAUCGAGGAGAGCACCAUUCGCGGCCACGAGCUUGAAUCUGCUGCAUGGAUGUGGGAAAGGAAACGUCGAAGACAGAGAGGCGGGGAUGGAAACAGAUCGAGUGAAUGGAAGGGGUUCACAUCAUGGGGUUUGCCAUCCUCAGGAGGGGGUAUUGCAGGAGGGGGGAUGGGGAGAGAAGAACGGAGAUGUCAAAGGAGACGGGCAGGAUGCACUCACGGGCAGGAGUUGGUUGUUAGCAGCAGCCACAAGCUUGCGCCUGCUCCAGGGAUCCCGGUCAGGUAGUGUAUUCCGAUCAUCAGGUAAAGGUGACAUGGGAGAGAGAGAGGCCGUGAGGCCAGAGCGAACAGGUAAGGAGUCGAGGCAGGAACGUGGCCAUCUCCUACAGGAAGAGAAGAAGAACGAAAACGGUAACCAGGAUUGCAGGAUGACACUUGGCAGGCAGACAGGGAACCAGCUGGCUAUGGCGGAAGAUCUGCCAGAGGAUGCAGGCGUCAGGCAUCGCGCCAAAGGUCAGCGAGGAGCAGAGCCCGAGAAGAAGUGCAAACUGGUCAACCAUAGUCAACGAAGGGAUCAUCUGGUCACCAGAGAGGAGGAUCGUCAUGGACGUCAUGUGCACGAAGACAAACCUGCCGAGACCAAGGCUCAGGAGAGCCCUGGGAUGCCAAAAUCUGACCAAUCCGUGAGUCCAACAAACCCAUCUGAGAUGUCUGAGAACCGUUCUCAAAUGUCUGAGAACCGUUCUCAAAUGUCUGAGAACGGUUCUCAGUUGUCGAGGAAAGGUUGCGAUGGUGUAUCGGACGAUGAGAUGAGCUUGGACAUGAGACUGCAGCGGCUGAAGAUGGCAGGAGAACGGAUUUUAUCGGAGAUAGGCAAUGCUCAGCUGUCUGCGAACGAUUAUAAGACCGAGUUGACGGAGGAGAUGAACUCGGCGGACAUGAGAGCGAAGCAGGUUGUAACGGAGGUUUCGAGGCACCUGUCGGAAAUCGGCAAGGACUUGCGAAUUCCUGUGACUAGGAUUGAUAUCCCACCUGUGGGACCUGUGAGGGGCUUGGAAGUGAAGCAGCUGCUAUGUGGAGCCCUUGCAGGUGGAGCCUCAGCGACAGCAGUGGCCCCUUUGAGCGUUCUGGUGACAAGGAUGGUGGUGGGACAGGCACCACCUCCUUCCACACCUCAGGCUCUUGGAAGUGUACUCAGAAUGCAAGGCCUUCGACUAUUUUCUUUCCUUACGAAUGUGCUAAUCAUCUCGGUGGCGAAGGGGGUUGAGUUUUUAACCUAUGAGACCGUUCGGAGGCGUAUCCUUCAAGUCCCCAGGGGUAAGGAACCUCGGGUCCUACCCUUUCCAAGGGGUAUUUCCCUCGCCACCCUUCCAGGAGCUGCUGCAGGGUUAAUGGGGACCUUGACCGUCUACCCUGCUGCCGCUUUGGGAGAUAGAAUGUCUGCAGAACCUGCCAGGUACACAGGCCUCACAGAUGCCUUCAUGAAGGUCCUUAAGAACGAAGGGAUUAGGCAUGUCUAUAGUGGGCUGACCCCUGCUUUGCUCGUUCUCGUUCCAAAUGCGAUCUUCAACUUCUAUACCUAUGACACUCUGAAACGCUGGUACAUCAGAAGACAUUUGGAGGUGGACAGGAUAAGCAGCCUUAACACGAUAUGGAUGGGUUCUGCAGCAGGUGUUGUGUCGCGAUUCCUGACCUUCCCUCUGGAAGUCACAAGAAAGGACAUGACUUUCUCUCUUGCUGCCGACCCUGUGUUCAAAUGGGCCCCUUCGCCCCAAGGUUUCAGCAGCAUGUGGUCUGCCAUGCGAAUUAUUGUCGAGAACGAAGGCGUCAAGGGGUUGUAUCGAGGUGUGGUGCCCGCUGUGGUCUUGAUUGCCCCUCGGUCAGCCAUAGCUUGGGCCGUUUACGAAGCUGCAAAGCGAGCCUUCAUCGCAGUUGGAGAAGAGGACAGGAACGAGUUCAAGGACGCUUCAGAAACUGCCUAAUGCAGCAGCGAGAUCCAUCUCACUGGUCUUCAUUACCCCUCGCUCCACCAACGCU